CAGCGGGCCGGUUUGAAUCCGUCCCUAUGGUUACUGCCAUCUGUCUCCUGUAAAGUUUGUUUUGGCUUCAUAUAAGGAAAAAACUAUUUAUAAAAGAGUUCUUAUGGAGUAGAAACAACUCUUCGCGUCAUUCUUACCAGCGCCAUUGUGCGGAAAACUACUGUCGGGGAAUAGAAGACGAAAAAUAUGACUAGUAGCUAAUGUUAGCCGAGAUAGCUACCCUAACAUCAACGUAGGAAGGAAAAAGUGUUUUUAUAUCGUCCUGUCUUCGUUGCAGAUUAAAAAUGUGCUCCAACGAUGACUCUCGCAUCCUGGUUUUGGAGGAGCAGGUGAAGAAUUUAUCGGAUGAGUUGAUGCAAUGUCAGGCAGACAAGGAGUUUGUGUGGUCUCUGUGGAAACGUCUGCAAGUGGCAAAUCCAGAUUUGACCCAGGCAGUCAGUUUGGUGGUUGAGCGUGAGAAGCACAAAGCUGAGAUCAAAGACAGGAAAGUUUUGGAGAUCCUCCAGUCCAAAGACUACAAGAUUCAAGAACUAGAACAGAAAGUGACAGGGCAGCAGCAGGAGAUUAGCAGUUUGGUUCAGAGGACGACAGCAGUGGGAGAGGAUAGCGCUUUAACGAAGGAGCUGACAACUCUGCGUGAACAACUGGUCAAUAAGAAUCAUGAACUUAAGGAAAUGAAGACCGAGUGUAGAAGAAAAGAAGAGGAGCAGCAGCAGGUGGUACAGGCUCUAGAGGAGGAGAAAAGGGGAUUAGCAUCCCACUGCGCUGCCCUAAGAGCUGACCUGGAGGAAAAACAGAGGCAGGUCGACAGCCAGCGAGACGAGAGGGAUGCCGCCCAGUCCAGAUUAAAGGAUCUGGAAGAAAAACUACGCAUUGCCUGGCUAGAGCUGUCUCAGUCACAGGAGUACAUUAAUGGUCUAGCUGCCCAGCUUUCUUCUAAAGAGAGAGAAGAAGCAACGAAACAAGAGCAGCUAGAUCGACUUCGUCAUGAGUUUGCAGAAGUUCAGACUCUGUACAGACAGAGCACUGAGCAUGCAGCAGAACAGAGCCACCUCAUCAAGCAACUGGAGGGACUCAAUCUGGACACACAAAGAGUCCUGAGAAAUCAAGAAGAGGCACACACUGCUGAUGCUACCACAUAUCAGCAGCUAAACAAGGAGCUGAGUCAGUGCUACCAGACUCUCGUGUCUAGUGAGGCCAAACUCCAUCAGAGUCACCAGGAGCUCAGGGACCAGUUGGCUCAGAGAGACCAGCACAUCAUGGAACUCCAAGCUCAACUGCAGAAACAGCUGGAACAAGUACAACAGCAGCAUCAGGCUCACCGCACAGCCCUUCACUGCUCACCAAGCAAACAAACCAACUUUUUGGCGGUGUGUAAAGAGCGUGUUGAUGCUGCAGCUCAGAGGUCAAUCCCUCAUUCUGACCAGGCCUCCACCCAGGGCUCACAUCCCAGGCCAGAGGACAGGACUUUCUCUCGCAGCAGUGUCAGAAGACAGCAGGGUGCACCUGUGCAGCGGUCCAGGUCUCUGUCCCCAGCCAGCAGUGUGAGGGCGGGAGGCGGGAGGAGAGCACCAGCAGAACAAAGAGUUCAGGACCUUGAAGAACUGCUGCAACUGAAGAUUGAGGAGAAUCAGGAGCUGAGGAAAGCUCAUAACAAACGCCACGAACGUCUCGUGUUGAUUCAAAGCAACUAUAAGACAGUCCGAGAUCAACUGAAAGAGAUGGAGAAGUCCAGUGGCUUGUCGGGUGCAAGGAAACAGCGUGCACAGUCAUGGCAGCUACGACAGGAAGACAGUGAUGCUGUGUGGAAUGAGCUGGCCUACUUGAAAAGCCUGACCAGGAAACUUUCCACUGAAAAAGCUGGCCUGGAGGAGGAACUAGACAUGCUGCGAGUGCAGGCUGCAAUGGACCGGGCCACAGUGAAGGAGCUCCACAUGUGUCUGGCUAAAGAUCAUCAAGAAUUGCUUCAGCAAAUGGCAGAGGAGCAGCAGGUCAAAAGCAGCACUCCGAUUAAGGCUUCGCUUUCUUCAUGGCGAAUGGAACAGUCAUUUAAAAAGAUUGAGCAACUGGAACAGAGGAUGAUGUCACUGGAGGAGCAAAGGGACAGGCUGAGAGAUGAGAAAGAACGGUUACUUCAGGCCAAUGAAGACUUGGCCGAAAACUUCCGCAGGCUCCAAACUUCCAUGAAUCAUCAGCAAACGCAGGAGGCUGUCCGAGUCGAGGCGGCCCAUGCUCAGGCUCUGGCCCAGGAGGAACAACACUGUGGUGAGAUCAUGGCAGUAGAAGCCCGGCUGGCCACGUCUCAAAAAGAGAUUACCAAGCUCCAUCAUCAGCUGCUCAAGCUGAGACAAGAGCUGGGGAUCGUCAAAGCAGCCAGAGACUUCCAUAGGAAUCGUGCAGCAGGACCGGCAAGGGCAUCUGGGAUUGCUAACGGCAUUAGCGGCAAGGUCAAAUUCAAGACGACGAGGCACAGAGGUCUUCUACGCCAGCGCAGCCACCGAACAGUCAGCUCCAAUCAAGCCAUCAGCUGGCAGGGCCGAAGCCCCAGCCCCACUAAGGACGAGUGGGAGGACAUGAGCAUAGAUAGCUUCAGUAGUGAGGAGUACCCAGAUAGUCUCAACGGGGAGCCCUCUGGGACAGCACCUCACAGACAACACGCCUCUAGAAAGUCCUACAGGUGUUCACUGCACGCAAACACAGAAGAACCAGCAGCAGGAUCAAAGAAAAGCCAACCCAGUACUCUGACCCAAGAUUAUAAACAGCAUGAGCUCUGGGAGAGAGGUACAAGAGGGGAGAGGAGGAGGCGGAGGAGGAAGUGGAUGUUGACGAAGACCCAGCGCUGCUCCUCCUCUCUGCAGCAGCGUGUUGAGUCUCUACAGCGUCGCGUUGACAUCCAGCGAAGUGCCAGGAAAGACACCCAGCUCUCAGCUAAGGAGCUGCAAAGGGCCAACGAGGCGCUCACAGCACAGCUCAGCGCACUCGCUCAGCAGCUCAGCAGCAGCAAGCAGCUCACACAGAAGCUGACCUCUGACCUGGCUGGUGUCGAGCAACAGAAAAAGGUUUUGGAGAUGGAGCUUGAACAGUGGAAGAAGAUUACCUUCCCUCCGCAAAGUGCCCCAACAAGUGUGCUGGUAAACACUGAAUGUUCCUGCCAGGGCAGAACCGAGUCUGCCCCAGCUAACCCUGCCCCCCAGGCCCUGGAGACUGAGGUCAGACAACUUCAAGCCAAACUUAAGAGUGCGAGCGCCGAAGUCACAAAGCAGAUGGCCGCUAACAAAUCCCUGCGAGGCCAGCUCCAAGAGAGGGAGGACAAGCUCUGCCAGCUGCAGGACAAGGUGAGCCACGCAGAACGAGAUAUCAGCAGGAAACGGCAGCUGGUGGAGGACUUCAAGACAAGGGUGAAGUUCCUGCAGGAGAUGGAGAAAAGCUAUCGGGAUCAGAUUGAGGAGUUGGAGAAGAAGGUGAAAACUUUAUCCGAAGAGGCCACCAACAGAAAGGCCCUUGUUGAGUCUCUGAAGAGACGGUUAAACAUUGCAGCAACAGAGAAAAGCCAGUCUGAAGCCUUGUGUUCAAAACUCAAAGAAGACCUGGAGAGAAAGGAGCAGCGUAAUCAUUCCCUACAGGCUCGUGUGGGAGCCAGUGAGCAGGCUUUGGCUGCCCUGGAACAAACUGCCACUAAGCAAAUGGAAGGGUUGACCCAGCAGAGCUCCCUUGCUUUGGACAGACUUCAGAGACAGCUUGGUCUUGCCUACUCCCAGCUGGAGCAGCUUCACUCUUUCAUCAAGACACUAGCCAGUGAAAUACUUUUAGACGUUCAAGAGGUCAAGCAGCAGUUGAUGAGCAGGAGGAGGUCGAGGCAGGCCAGUUCUAUGGCAGCAAAAACUGGCCUCUCAGUCAAGUCCAUGAUCAAAGCAAAGUCCAUCGCUGCCUCCAUCCUCAAUAUGUCAGAGAAUGAUCUCACAGACAUAAUGGAAACAGAUCAGACUACAGUUGCUUGCAUGGAGAGUCUCAGGGACAAGGAGUGGUUGGACCACCUGAACCUCAUGUUGCAGCAGAAGAUCCCCUCUGCCGGCCAGCUAAUGGAGGCCGUGCGCGUGAAGAUGAAGGAGAGGAAAGUGCUGACAGAAGAGCUGGCCGCGCUCGCAGCACCAGUCAGCGAAAAAGCCUGACUCCCUGGGCUGAGGCUGGGAAAACUGUCAUCCUCUUCUCUUUCUACCCCCCUUUUCCACCUUCUUCCUACCCAGCUCCUGCUCAGUGGGAGCCAGGCUGAGCCAAGCCGAGCCGGGGCAGCAGAACCAAUAUUUGGGAGGAAAAUGUGCUGUCGACUCUCUCUGGGCCACUGGCUCAACGCAGCACCCCGACUUUUGUAAAUGAGCCCUCAACAUCUGUGUUAGCACUCGGUGCAGUAUGUCUGUCAGACAGGGGCCCCUUUAGUGCCAAGCUAAUUUACGGAUCAGCCACUCUCACUGAGGACCCGGGGUAAUAAGGCAAAUGCUUACGCUACUCUUUAAAUUACAUUUUUUAUAAACUUUCUUUUACCACCACCCCUAAUUUAUUUGGCACCUUGAGGGCUUCUGAGUGUGAGGACUUGACCCAGCACUUCCAAACUGACACUUGGAAAGAGUCAAACUGAGCACAGCUUUUUAUAUUUACACACUAGAUUCAACUGAUUUUGAAUGAGUUUUUAAAAUGCUCUGCAAAGAUGUCUGUUGCAGCAUUGACUUGGUAAUUAUGCUAAACUUCAGUAGAUUUUAUUCAUACAGAAACAUUGUCAUAAUUUGUCAAUAAAAUGAUCUUAUUUCUGCACA